AAAAAUGUUCGUUGGUGGCCUGAGCUGGGAUACAAGCAAAAAAGAUUUAAAGGACUAUUUUACUAAAUUUGGAGAGGUCGUUGAUUGUACAAUAAAGAUGGAUCCGAAUACCGGACGGUCAAGAGGGUUUGGGUUUAUCCUCUUUAAAGAUGCUACCAGUGUGGAAAAGGUCCUAGACCAGAAGGAACACAGACUGGAUGGCCGGGUCAUUGACCCCAAAAAAGCCAUGGCCAUGAAGAAGGACCCUGUGAAGAAAAUCUUUGUUGGGGGUCUGAAUCCUGAAGCCACUGAAGAAAAGAUCAGGGAGUACUUCGGCGAUUUUGGGGAGAUCGAGGCCAUUGAGCUUCCAAUGGAUCCCAAGUUGAACAAGAGACGAGGUUUUGUUUUUAUAACUUUUAAAGAAGAGGAGCCUGUGAAGAAGGUCCUGGAGAAGAAGUUCCAUACCAUCAGUGGGAGCAAGUGUGAAAUCAAGGUGGCCCAGCCCAAAGAGGUCUAUCAGCAGCAGCAGUACGGCUCGGGGGGCCGUGGAAACCGCAACCGAGGGAACCGAGGCAGCAGCGGCGGUGGCGGUGGCGGAGGUCAGAGUCAGAGUUGGAAUCAGGGCUACGGCAACUACUGGAACCAGGGCUACGGCUACCAGCAGGGCUACGGGCCCGGCUAUGGCGGCUACGACUACUCGCCCUAUGGCUAUUACGGCUACGGCCCCGGCUACGACUACAGUCAGGGUAGUACAAAUUACGGGAAGAGCCAGCGACGUGGUGGCCAUCAGAAUAACUACAAGCCAUACUGAGGUGGCAGCAGGAGCGGCCGGCCGACUGACCGCACGCGCUUUGUUUGGAUACGGAGUAAACACAAUUAUGUACCAAAUUUAACUUGGCAAACUUUCUAUGGCCUACCCCCCUGUGCAUCUUAUUUAAAAUUUACCCCUUGGAAAUCACUCUCCUGUUUACUAUUUGCAGAGCUCUAGUUUUAGGCAGCGUGUGGUGUCUCAAGAGGCCAGAGUGGCAUUAGGGGCUGAUUCUGUUACCAGUUUACUCAGAACCAGAGUGGAGGGUUCCCUUCCUGCUGCCGCUCUGCAGCCUAGACCUGUGGACCCUGGUUGUAAAGAGUCAGCUGUAUCUUAGGAAACCAGUGUCACCUUUUUUCACCUUUUAAUUUUAUAUUAUUUGUGUCAUACAUUUCCUGUAAUGGAAGUGUUAAUUUUACUGUACUUUUUGGUACCUUUGGGAAUCUAAUGUAUUGUAAGGUAUUUUACACGUGUCCUGAUUUUGCCACGACCUGGAUACUGAAGCUAUCCGAGCUUUUGAAAUAAAAAUUGUAAAAACCCCCAA